CUGUGUGAUGUAUCGUUACGUUACCAGAUACACGCUGUAAAAUACGUUUUUAGAUAUGAUUUUUAUUAAUAAUAUCGAUUAGAGUGAAAUAUUCGUUAAAUACAUGUAGACAUGUGACAAAAAGAAAACACUGCCGCUAGAUGCGGAACUAAUGACAGCAGAAAUCGAAAAGCAUGUUGAGUCUGUCCUCGGAUCAGUUUUUUCAGUUUGAAUCCUGUUUAAACGAGCAGCAGGGUUACAGCCACAGAACUGUUCCCGGAUCAGUCAUAAACACUCGAGGCUGCAGCACGCACACUGAUGAUGUCAUUCGCCGAGAACAACAACAGUCUCUCACAGGGAUUCUUAGCCGAAUAGUUUGCUCUGAACUGCUGACUAAUUCUCUUUAAUUAAAACGCCUUUUUGAAUUAGCAGCUCAGUCAGACCAUCACGAUAGUUUGACUUAAAUUAUUCCACUGAGCGAACUUUAGCACAAAAGAUGUUUCACAGCUAUCGCUAAAAGAUGUCAGGCCGCGGUGACAAGCUAACGACGCGACACUAGCUGUCUGUGCAAGUUUGAAAGAAAUUACACGACUUAUUUCUUUCACGAGCCUCUCUGAGCAAAGUGCUACAGUGUAUUUGCAAAUAAUAUUAACUUGACAUCUCAGAAAUCUGCUAGUAUGUUAAAGGUUCAGUUAAACGUCUCUAAGUGAGAGCAAGACAAAAGGAUGAUCUUGAAGAGUUAACCAAGCACUGACAAACAUGCCUCAACGGAAGAGAGCCCUUGUUCCCAUUAAUACAAGGAGAAGAGUUAAAGCUGAUGAAGAUUACUUCCCUUUCAACUCUCUACCGGUGGAAUGUCAGCUCCAUGUGCUCUCAUUCCUCAGUGAGGUGGACAAAUGCAACUCUGCCCUUGUGUGUGCGAGCUGGAGCUGCUUAGUGCGCUCUGGGAAGCUCUGGAGAGUUGCAGACUAUUCCCGCCGUGGGGUGUUUCAUCUGGGCCAGGAGGGUCUGCUUGUUUCCAACAGAGAGUUUGAGCGCUGGAAGUCUUGGGUUCACCAUUACACACAUCAUCUUAUAUCCCGUGGGGCUAGUUUGCUCACUCUGAAGGCCAGUUUUGAUCUAGGGGACCAGUGCAAUAAAUGGGGAGAGCUCCUGUCACACCUUCUAGAGAACGUGCAUUGCCGGGAUCUCAGUCAUUUAGACUUGAACUGGACAUUUACGCUGCUGGAACCUCUUGACCUUCGUGUCCACACCAGUUCUAGUUCUCAUCAAGACAAUAUUACCAAGAUGGACCAGGUUACUAACUUCCACAUUCUCCUAGCCAGGCUCGUCCACAGCUGUCCCAGGAUUUCCAAAAUGCGCCUGCACUUCGACUGGUCCGAAACAUCAGUUGCGCUGAUCACUCAGUUUCAACACCUCCGUAUCUUAGAAUUGAAGUACUUUUGGGUAUUCAAAGGGGUCAGUCCGAGCACUUUACAGAUGGUGGCAAAAUCGCUGCCUAAUCUGAAAUCCCUCACGCUGCAUGUUCUUGUUCCACUGCGAAAUCUAGGCAUCUCGUACACCCUUGAAUCCCUUUCGCUCGAGUUCCUUGAUGUGUCACCCAGCCGGGGUCUGGUCUUCUCCUGCCUCAACCUCCCAGCGCUACGAGAGCUGCGGGCGAAAAAGAUCGUUCGGGGCAUUACUCUGGACCGUCGGACUCGACUACGGAUACAGAGCCGAUGGCCCUGCUUGUAUCAGGUCUUACGUGAAGGGACGCCCAAACUUCAGGCCCUUAACAAUGAAAGACUCCUUCCCAGCUGGAAAGAGCAAAGUUACAGAGAGCUGACAUCAAUCCUCCAGCAGUCUUGCUACUGUCUUCAGCAUUUAGACAGCUGGCUUUGGUGAAGUCGAGACUUAAACAAUUACAGGCCACACAUAAUGGCCGAAAGGGACACAGCCACAUCCUGAAGAAAACAAUGUUGGAAAAUUAGAAGGACCAAAAAUAUAAUCAGAUAACGCACUUCUGCUGAUCCUCUCUAGUUAAAAAUAUAUGUCCAGAUUCUUAACUAUACAAUCAUGCCUCAGAGUUUCGUCUUGUGUUGUGCUAUGAAGGUUUGUGUUCCAGGCUGAGGUGUGUGCAUUUUUUAGGAGCUUAAGUGAAUUCAGGAAAAGUGUUCUGUUGUGCAAAGAGGAGGACAAAGCGGAUUGCGGCAGUGGAGUGUGGAUCACUUUGACAAGAACUUUAAUUCCUUAAAAUAUUUCAGUCCUUGUGUGUUUCAGUAGGAAUCAUCAAACAGAAAAAAAAAAAUGCCUUUAUUUUGUGUGCAGUGUUUUCAGCUUUCCGUGACCAAACGUUAUGACAUUCCUGAUAAUCUAUAUUUGAGACAAUACAGAUAAUAACUUUUUUUCUCCUCCGGCAAUUUAAUUUGAAUCUUUCUUUCAGAAACUGGAAUUUAAAUAGAAGGAUUUUAAUUUUUAUCAAGCCUAGGAUUUGGUAUUUUAAGUAUUUUCACAUGAGUGAAAAUAUGCAUUGUGUUGCAUAUUCAUGUUUAUCCAUAUUUGGGGCAAAUGUCUCAUAUAAUAUAAUUAAAAGGACAGUUAUUUUCUAAAGAA